AUGCGAAUCUCUGGCCGUGGGCCGUUGUGUUUCGCCAGCACAGCUGGGAAGGCGUGUGUGCACUGGAAUUACACCAAGGCCUCCCUCCAGGCGCCGCCGCUGGACUUCUCCUUCCGAGGCAUCAGCUUCAUGCAAGACCUGCUGACGGAGGAGCCCCGUCCUGGGCUCAGGGCCAUCCGGCGCUUGGAGGGAGGCCGCCUGCUGACUCAGGCCAUCCGGCUGAACAACAACACCCUGAAUGAUUUGAAGGAUUUCCCAGACAUCAUGGAGAAGCUGCUGGAGUAUCCGCUGGACAUCUACUGGAUCGACCUCUCCUUCAACGACCUGCCCAGCAUCGACCCGGUGCUGACCACCUACUACAACCUCCGGAACCUGAACCUCCAUGGCAACAGCAUCCAGAGCCUCUCCGAAGUGGACAAGCUGGCCGUCUUGCCUCACCUGCGCAGCCUCACCCUGCACGGAAACCCCAUUGAGGAGGAAAAGGGCUACAG